AUGUCAACAGUAAAGGUAUACGUCUACGACCUUAGCCACGGGCUCGCCCGAGUGUAUGCCCCGAUGAUGCUUGGGAUCAGCCUCGAUGCCAUUUACCACACUUCAGUAGUGGUUUACGGAAAAGAAUAUUAUAUCGACCAAGGGGUCAAGGUGGCUCUGACACCAGGGACUACCAAAUACGGUACUCCCGUGGAAGUGAUUGAUAUGGGAGAAACUGAAGUGCCCGAGGAGUUAUUUGAUGAUUAUUUGGAAGAACACAGAAAUGCUGGCAAAUAUCAUCCUGCUACCUACGAUUUGUUUGACAAUAACUGCAACCAUUUCACUGAUGAUUCACUCCAGUUUUUGGUGGGGCAACCGCUUGUUGAAAGAAUAUUGACGUUACCUCAACAGGUGCUCGCCACUCCCGCCGGACAAUCGCUCCGAGGCAUGCUUGGAGCCCAAUUAUAUUAA